AUUCCAUCGGUUACUCUGUCUGGUGGACCACCUCACCGGUGCCGUGCAGGGCGGCUGGCCGGCUGCACACACACACACACACACACACACACCUGUUGUCACAGGCAACACGCGUACAAAGGAUCUCUCGGCCCUCACUCCUCAGUCACUCACUCCUGUUCUACUAGUGUGCUCCAGCAGCAGAAAUGGCAAGACGGUAAAAGGAGCGAGGGCUGCGUGAGACGGGAAGAAGAGAGGGCAGAGGAGGAGAGAGAGGUCGGGUACUAGUGCUCCAGCAGUAGCCUCUUGCUCUGGUCUGGUCGCCUCAACGGUUACUACUGCCUGCGUUGCCGUGGUGGGGGUUUGGGAGAGUGAGGGGAGGAUUGGAGAAGGAGCUGGUGUGGUGUGGUGGUGAUCAGAGAGCGCCGGAACCGGGACCGGCGGCGAUGGGCUGCUGCCAGUCGCGGCUGGAGCGGCUGGAGGCGGUCUCGCGGUGCAAGGCGCGGCGGCGGUACACCAAGCACCUGGUGCAGGCGCGGCGGGACAUGGCCGCGGCGCACGCGCUCUACCUGCGCGCGCUCCGGGCCACGGGCGCCUCGCUGCUGCACUUCGCCAGCGCCGAGUCCGACCACCCGCACCCCCAUUCCUCCGCGGCCCACCACCACCACGGGCCGCCGCCGUCCCCGCCGCCGCCCGCGACGCCGCCGCCACCGCCGCCUCCCCCGCCGCCGCCGCCGCCGCUCAGCCCCUCCCCGACCACCAGGUCCUGGACGACGAAUUCGUCCUCGAUCUCCGCGUCCACGAUCUUGCCCCCUCCGCCGCCGCCGCCAAUGCCGUCCAGCUGGGACUUCUGGGACCCCUUCGCGCCUUCCUCCUCCCGCUCCGCCACCGAGGACGCCGACUGGGACGACGCCGCCACCACCGUCGUCGACGCGCCCAUCGCCGCCGCCGCGCCGCCCGUCGUCACGGCCGCCGCGGCGGUGGCCGCGCCCCCUUCCAUCGUCACCGCUACCACCACCUCCACCACUCCCAGCGAGCUCACCGUCGUCGCGGUACCCCGCGGCGGCGCCGGGAAGAAGGACCUCGCGGAGAUCGCCACCGAGCUUGAUGAGUACUUCCUCAAGGCAGCCGACGCUGGCGCCCGCGUUGCUGCACUACUCGAGGCCCCCGUCUGCGAGCCCCCCGAGCCCACCACCAACAGCAGCCUACCAGGGAAGGUACUGAGUUACAGCAAGAGCUUGAAGCCCAUGGCAUGGACCUGGGGCGGUGGCGGCGGAGGGUAUGGGAAAGGUAACAAUGGGUUCACAAGGUUUGGGAGAGGAGACGGCAAUGGCGGAGGCGGCGGAAUGCUCAGUCAUUCAUCCACCGUGGAGAAGCUCUACGCAUGGGAGAAGAAGCUGUUUCUUGAGGUCAAGAGUUACGAGGGGUAUAAGCAGGAGCAUGAUAAGAAGGUGAGUCUGUUGAGGAAGCAAGAGGUGAAGGGUGUGGAUUACUUGAAGAUGGAGAAGAACAAGAUGGAGAUUGAGAGCUUGGAGUCCAAGAUGCUGGUUGCCAACCAAUCCAUCGAGACCACCACUUCUGAGAUAAUCAGGCUCAGAGAAUCCGAGCUAUUUCCCCAGCUGCUUGAGCUGGUUGCUGGCUUGAUGAGCAUGUGGAGGGGUAUGUACGAGUGUCAUCAAGUUCAGACCCACAUCGUGCAGCAGCUGGAGUACCUCAACAAUUCUCGGAAUACUAACCCAACUUCCAAUGUCCACCGGCAAGCAGCUCUUCAGCUUGAGAUAGAGGUUGACAGGUGGUAUUCAGCCUUCUGUAGUCUGGUGAAAUCCCAGAGAGACUAUGUCUACUCACUGACUGGGUGGCUUCGCUUGUCACUGUUCUGCCAUCACGACCCACUGACUAAAGCUCAGAACUCUGAUAUUUAUAGCUUGUGUGAGGAAUGGCAGCUAGCCAUCGACCGAAUCCCAGAUAAGGUGGCCUCAGAAGGGAUCAAGACUCUCCUAACAGUGAUCCAUGCUGUUGUCAUUCAACAAGCUGAGGAACAGAAGCAGAAGAAGAGGUCAGAGUCUGCAUUCAAAGAAUUUGAGAAGAAGGCAGAGGAGCUGAGAUCCCUAGAGUCAAAAUAUGGGUCAUAUAUCGGUGCUGAAGGUUACAGAGAAAUGUCACGAAAAUCACCAGUAGCUGACAAGCGGGCAAAGGUUGAGGCUCUGAGGAGCCGCGCCGAUGAGGAGAAGAGCAAGUAUGAGAAGAGCAUUGGGGUCACAAGAGCAAUGACCUUGAAUAACCUGCAGACUGGCUUCCCUAACGUUUUCCAGGCGAUGACGGGCUUCGCCAGUGUCUGCAUGGAGGCAUUUGAGUCGGUGUACAACUUCAAGCGAAGCUCAGAUCGGAUCCUUGACGUGAAGAGGCUGCUGACCUGAAGCAAUGUUGCCUCACUGUAUAAAAUGUACUAUACAGUCCUAGAUUUCUAGUAACAUAAUAACCUUGCAACCUUUGUGUGGCGGUUAUCAGGUUUAAUGGCACUAUAGUAGUCGCAAAAAUCCUGUCAAGUUCAUUUACACCAAGUAAUUGAACUUGGCCUUCUUUUCCUUUUUUUGGUGGAGAUAAUCUCUUGCUGGGAUGCAGGUUCGAAAAGGCUCAGCUCUGGUUUUUUAAUCAGAAGGUGAACUUUUAUGUCAUGAGCUGAGGCUUGGAUGGUGAUUGGUAACAGUAGCCUGUGCAAUUCAGAAAUGAACCGCCCUUGUCGCAAUUGUUG